UAUACGCCCGUCAGGAACCAGUUUCUGGUUGAUUUUGUUGAAUUGCGGCGUCCUGGGAAGGACGUAAACCCAUCCACAGUCUACUUCAGUUCAAGUAAAGUCGUGCAGGAUUGCGGUAACCUCCUAACCACCUGUUCACUUACCGCCUCACGAAACAAUAAGACAUGUCCCAUUGGUUCCACAGAAAUGGCCUGAAGGCUACGGGCCAUGUUAAUUUUGAUUUGAAGCUCUUUGCGUCUGAACCGGAAUCCUUGAAAAUAUGCAGCGAGCUGCGCCAGGCUCGUCACCGUCUGCUGGAGCUGCUGCCGGACGCCGGCCACCAGUGCCAGGAGUUGGAGGCGGCGCUGAACAGCUACCUGGCGCUGCUCACUGGCUUCCUGCAGGCACCGGACCAGCCGGACCAGCAGAGCAAGCUGCGCCACGUGGUCCGCUUCCGCUGGACGCACACGCUGCUGGGCAACACGCCAGAGGCGCAAAAGGAUGCCGUCUUCGAAGUCAUCUGUAUUUGUCAGAAUGUCGCUGUUUGGUACAUGAAGCGGGCCGCAAAAAUCGCCGGAAAGGAGGAUAUUACGAUGGAGGACGGGAAGGAGGUGCACAGCAGUCUGCGUCGAGCUGCCGGUCUCAUGAAGGCCGUCCACGACCGCUACAUCGGUCAGCUGCUAGAGGAGAGUGUCAAGGAGGGAGACUGUGACACUCGGGUCAUCACUGCCUACAUGAACCAGUGCACCGCGGAGGCCCAGGAAGUGACGAUCGCGCGCGCCAUCGAGCUGAAGCACUCACCUGGUCUGGUGUCGGCCCUGGCGCACGAGACGUCGGGCAUGUUCCAGACGGCCGCCGACAGCCUGCGCUCGAUGGAGCCAGCGCUCGUCCAGCGCUGGACCAAGUACCUCCAGCUCAAGGCGGCCGUCUACAAAGCCUAUGCGUACAACUACCUGGGCGAGAACUUCCUGGCUGAUGACAAGUGUGGAGAAGCCAUUCGGUGCCUGAAGGAGAGUCAGAAGUUUUAUACCGAGGCCGGGGAGCUGUGCAAGGAGUACGCGGACGCCAAGGGCGUCGGCGCCAAGGUGAAGCCCGAGAAGCACCUCUUCUUCAGAAAGCUGGGACCGAUCCUGAACAGGACCCUGGAGAAAUGCGAACGCGAAAAUGGAUUCAUUUACCACCAGAAGGUGCCGUACGACGCGCCGGCACUGGAGCUGCGCGACAACACAUACGGCCUGGUGGCGCCCGACGAGUUCGCCAUGCCGGCGCCGGCGCCGCUCUGGACGGCCGUCAGCUACGCCGCCUUCGAUGUCAGCAAGCUGGGUGACGCCGGCCCGUCGAAGGCAGCGGAGAAGGCGGAGGGAGACCUGCCACCUGUCAAAGAGGUCAAGGACAACCACACGGACCAGGAUCCGAAGAACCACAGCGGCUGCGUGGUGGCCUAGGCGGCGCCAGGGUGGCGGCGGCCCCGGCUGUCGGGCUCACGGUUUAGCUGAGCGCUAUCGGUCGAGGGCUGCGCCGUCAGCUGGCGCCUGCGGGCGAGCCAGCCCCGCUGUGGAUGACCGGAGGGACCCGUCACACCACCAGAGCACCGCUGGGCAGCACUUGUGUGGUUGACCUGGGGUGUGAAGCCCCGCUCGUAAGCCAGCCCCGCUGUGGAUGACCGGAGGGACCCGUCACACCACCAGCGCACCGCUGGGCAGCACUUGUGUGGUUGACCUGGGGUGUGAAGCCCCGCUCGUAAGCCAGCCCCGCUGUGGAUGACCGGAGGGACCCGUCACACCACCAGAGCACCGCUGGGCAGCACCUGUGUGGUUGAUUGCGCGUGUGAAGCCCCGCUCGUAAGCCCACAGCGGCCCGAGGGUCAUAUGAACACUGCAUUUAGGCGUGGGGCUACACUGUUCUGGCAACAAACCAUUACUUCAGCACUAUAUGGUCGCACGGGGUAUAUGCUGUCCGAUUUUCGUGACUGGUGGUGCCUGGGUGUUUGUUACAGAACGGUAUUGUAGGUUGCCCAGGCAUUGAAUCCAAGCAACAGCCAGUGUCUUCAAACGUGAUCGUAACUUGCGCUCUUCUUCAAAUCGUAUUUGAGAUGCGUUUGGACGGAACCUACUUUCUUUCUAUGAUUCGUCAAAAUCGUUAAGGAUGUAAGUAUAGAAAUGUGGAGGAAAAUUAACCUGUUUCUGGCCCAAACGCUUGUAUGGAGCGAUUUCAAAGGAUGAAACUUGUACUUCCGCGUUAUGAAAGUCGGUGCCCUGUAUAAAAGCCGGUGUUGAAAAUAAUGAAGCAUGGUUUGUUUUGUAUAUAUGACAACUUCGCCGCAUGGGAGCUGUGUGAUUCGCAUGGUGCUGUAGUAUUAAAGCUUUAUUUUUAGUAUUUGCGCAUUACGAACUUUUGGUUCUCAGUAGAUAGUAUCAAUUUUCGUAGUUACGCGCGGUUCAUGCAACCUUGUCAGUUUAAGUGUCAGUUUAAGUUCUCACAGGACAGGCAUAAUUAUAGUCAUUCUACUGACGGCGCUUACUGUCUUCAGUGUGCUUCUCCAGGCCUUCGGAGAAUGCACUUAUGCAUGGCUUAGUUUUUGUGGCACAUCCUUUCCAAGAAAGGUGCGAAUGAUAUGUGUGAACGGCAUCGCCCCGUAGCUUUUGGGCGGUGAAUACAGGACACAGCUGGGCGAAGUGAGGGAUCAUGCUCACCGUGACGUGGCAUGGCCGUAGAGUAUGAGCGUGUCUCGAUGUUUCAGCGUAGCCUGCCUUAGACGUUGACGGCUUUGUCGCACGAGCGUCAUGUUUCGCUAGUCUGAUUGCAAGUGUGAUGAUUGUGGACUGUCUUUGUUGUGCGUCCACGUUUGACUUUUCACCAGCAGAUCUUGUAACCUAGCCAUUCCGUCGAAGGAGUAGCGUCCGUAUUGACGUGGCGUUUAGGUACGGCCGCGGAUGCUGGUAAUUCUGAUGCUUCCGCGUACGGACGCUGGUCUGCCCACGUGGUGGGCGUGCGCACCUCGAGCAGCGCAACAUGUUGCUGGCUGUAGAAACUCAUAGCAUCUUGAUUUAUGCGCACCGUUGGAAAAAAGCAAGGCCGGGAUGGUGCUUGUAGACUAUGUUAUGCGACAGCGCUACUAACAAAGUGGGUCACGCAGCCUGCGCCUCAUUACGCACGUGCGUGUCGGCUCUGCGGGCCGGGCCGGCGGUGCCUGCUUGACGCGUGUGUGAUGCGACAACACGAGCCGCCAGCCGGCCGACCCUCAUGCCUUGUAAUACAUGCGCCUUACGACCGAGCGCAUGCUGCGUGCGAGAAGACGUGUGUUGUGUCGCUGGGUGAGAAGCGUGCUGUUAAUUGUGUGAUCCGCUGCUGAGGGUGGUGGAACUCUGGAACGCCUCUAAGACGCCUCACAAUGUCAUCUGUGGGGAAUUGAAAAGCAAAGUAACACAGUUUAUAGGGUAUCAUGCUCCGCGAUUAAAUGACAACCAUUGA